UUCGGACGGUUUCGUUCUUGAGUGCGAUAUACAGGUGUAAAAUAAAUAAAAAGAAGAAAACAAGUAAAAAAAAAAUAUUUUUUUGAAGAAGAAGAAAUUGAAAUUUUGUGAACUAUUUUUGAAAAUAAAAGUGAAUGAAGGAAAAAUUAUAAAAAAAAAAUUUGUGAUUUAAAAUUAUUAAAAAAAAGAAAGCAAAGGUUAAGAUUAAAAAAUGCCACGUCCAUCACGUGAACAGUGUGAUCAAAAGCCACCAUAUUCAUACAUCAGCCUUACGGCUAUGGCAAUUUGGAGUAGUCCUGAUAAAAUGUGCUCAUUAGCUGAGAUUUACAAAUAUAUUACAGACAGAUUUACAUACUAUCGAACCAAUACACAGCGAUGGCAAAAUUCACUGCGACACAACCUUAGUUUUAACGAUUGUUUCAUGAAAGUUCCACGACGUCCCGAUCGACCAGGAAAGGGAAGUUAUUGGACACUCCAUCCAAAAGCAUUUGACAUGUUUGCCAAUGGAAGUUUAUUAAGAAGAAGAAAACGCUUUAAGCUUCACAAACAAGACAAAGACGUUCUCAAUGAAGAGUUUGCAGCACUCGCAAACAUGAAUAGAUUCUUCACAUCACCAAAUGACUUUUACCAUACACCAAUGCCACCUCAUUCAGUCUGUGACAUUCCAUAUGCAACACCAUCACCUCCACUUGUCGAUACACAUUAUCAUCGCAUAUCACCGUCAAUCUCAUGUGACGAUGAACUCAUCAGACCAGCAUCGCCAAAGUCAAUCUCACCGAUACCAGUAGUUCCAACGCCGACAGCUACGACUGUCAUAGAACCUGUCAAAAAGCCAAAGCGUAAAUUCAAUAUUGAAAGUCUCAUCGAGAUUGAGCCUGACGAGAAUGCUAACAAGAAGCUUAAGGUUGAUACGUUGGAGAGUAACUUGUCAUUAUUUAGACAACAACUAGCUGAUAGCUUCCCAAAUAGUGCAAUUCCAAUUGACGUACAACAGCAGCAACUUCAACACCACCAUCAACAGCAAUUAAUACGUCAAUUUACAAACUAUGAACUGCCUCCUAUCCAUCCGCUUAUUAUGAUGUCACCAUUAGCUAUGAAAUUAGCAUCAAAUAGCAUUACACCGUAUCCUUAUCUACAUCAUUACCAGAAUUUAAGGUUAGAUACGUUAGCUAAUCGGAUGGCACUUAAUGCUUCACAUAUGGCGACUGUUUAGAUCGCAUUUAGACACAACAAUGAACGAGUGUGAUGUUAGGAAUUAUAAAAUAAUACAAUAAAUAAUGAGGGAUGAUGAAAAAUUAAUGAAUGAUACCAGUAGCAUGAAUUAUAUGGCUACAAAAAAAAAUUAGUAAAAUUAGCUUUAUAAUUUUUUAAUAUUAUUUCUUGUGUCCACUUUUUAAUAAUUCACACAUGCAAACAUACUUUAUAUAUAUAUUUAACUUCUGACUGUGCUAUUAAUUUUUAAAUGUAAAUUUAUGAAGGAAUUAUGAAUUAUGUUAAUGUCUUUAGCUUUUGUUUUUUGUAUGUGAUGAGGAAGUGAUGGUUAAGGGCAGAGUUGGAGUUGGGUAAUUGAUGGGAUUUUUUGAGAAUUUCAUAUACUUCACAAGAGCGUACAGGAUGUUCCUUACUACCGUUGGAACUGAAAAUUAAAAUGGAUAUAAGAUAUUGCGUUAGUUUGCAAAAACAAUAAAGAUCAUCAUUUAUGUUGGACAUUCUGUCACUAAACAUAGAAGUAGCAAGUAACUCAGGUGGAUGAGCAAAUAAGAAAAUGACAGAAUAUUUUCAAGUCUAGAAAGUUUAAGAGUUCGAAUCUCAAAAUUGAAAAGAAAAUAGUGUGUUUUGAUUAGAGCUGCUUUUUAUUUUUUUGGUAAUUUCUCCCCCAACUCUACAACGACCUCACUUCCCAAGACAAACUAAUAACCUAUAAAUCUGGAUUUAUUGAAACUCACACUGAGAAAAAACAAUAUUAAUCAAUCAUAAAGCAAAUUAGUUCCUUUUGAAGAUGAUUAUUUAUUUGAAAAACAUUUAAAUGAUCGUAAAAUUUUGAAUUUCUGUAAAAUGUUUUUUUUAUUGUCUUU